AUGGCGACCAAGCGCAAAGCCUCUGCAAUGGGCGCAAGCGUGGAUGACGAACCCGCGGAUCCCUCCGAUGAGUUGGCAUUCUACUGUCUGGGUGGAGGCAAUGAGGUUGGACGAUCCUGUCACAUCAUUCAAUACAAGGGCAAGACGGUCAUGCUUGAUGCCGGUAUGCAUCCAGCCAAAGAAGGCUUCUCUGCUCUUCCCUUCUUUGACGAAUUCGAUUUGAGUACAGUCGAUAUCCUCUUGAUCAGCCAUUUCCACGUUGACCAUUCCUCUGCACUUCCAUAUGUCCUCAGCAAGACGAACUUCAAAGGUCGUGUCUUCAUGACCCAUGCGACAAAGGCCAUUUAUAAAUGGCUAAUCCAAGACAACGUCCGAGUCAGCAAUACAUCCUCCUCCUCCGACCAACGCACAUCAUUGUAUACAGAGCGCGAUCACCUUUCAACUCUUCCCCUCAUCGAGACGAUCGAUUUCAACACUACACAUACGAUCAAUAGCAUCAGGAUCACACCAUUCCCAGCUGGCCAUGUGCUGGGAGCCGCUAUGUUCUUGGUAUCUAUUGCCGGACUGAACAUCCUGUUCACGGGUGAUUACUCUCGCGAAGAAGACCGGCAUUUGAUCCCCGCAGAGGUCCCUCGGGGAAUCAAGAUCGAUGUCCUGAUCACCGAGUCCACAUUCGGCAUUUCGUCCAACCCGCCACGACUGGAACGUGAAGCAGCGCUUAUGAAAUCUGUUACGGGAAUCUUGAAUCGCGGAGGACGAGUUCUGAUGCCCGUAUUCGCUCUUGGUCGAGCACAGGAGCUGCUCCUCAUUCUCGAAGAAUACUGGGAGCGGCACCCCGAGUUGCAAAAGGUCCCCAUCUACUACAUUGGUAACAUGGCCAGACGAUGUAUGGUCGUUUACCAGACAUAUAUCGGUGCCAUGAAUGACAAUAUCAAACGGCUCUUCAGGCAGCGCAUGGCCGAGGCCGAGGCGAGUGGAGAUAAGAGUGUGACCGCAGGCCCGUGGGACUUCCGCUUUGUUCGAAGUUUGCGCAGCCUAGAGCGAUUCGAUGAUGUAGGAGGCUGUGUCAUGAUCGCCUCCCCUGGUAUGCUGCAGACCGGCACGAGUCGUGAGCUUCUCGAGAGAUGGGCGCCGAGCGACCGCAACGGUGUUGUCAUGACAGGUUACAGUGUGGAAGGAACCAUGGCCAAACAGCUACUGAACGAGCCAGAGUCUAUUCCCGCUAUUAUGUCAAAGGUUUCAUCCGUACAAGGCCGCGGUCGUGUACCGGGAGGCAACGACGAGGAUCAGAAAGUGAUGAUCCCACGUCGCUGCACGAUUGACGAGAUUAGUUUUGCUGCACAUGUGGAUGGCGUGGAGAACCGCAACUUUAUUGAAGAGGUGGCUGCGCCCGUUGUGAUUCUUGUGCACGGUGAGAAGCAUCAGAUGAUGAGACUCAAGUCCAAACUCCUUUCUCUUAACGCCCAGAAAACAAUCGCCACCAAAGUUUUCACACCCGCCAACUGCUCCGAACUGCGUAUUCCUUUCAGAAAAGACAAGUUCGCCAAGGUCGUUGGCAGGCUUGCCGAGAUGGCCCCUCCCUCUGAGCAAGAUGAUGGCCAGCUGAUGGCCGGUGUCUUGGUUCAGAAUGGGUUCGACCUGUCUCUCAUGGCCCCCGAUGACCUUCGUGAAUAUGCCGGACUCACAACUACCACUAUCAUGUGCAAGCAACAUCUGACUCUUAGCUCCGCAAGCAUGGAUCUUAUCCGAUGGGCUCUCGAAGGUACAUUCGGAGCCAUCGAGCAAGUUGGGUCCAUAGUGAAGCAAGAAGUGAAGAAAGCUACAAAUGGCGAUGCUAAAGAGGAGGCUGCGGAUGAGGAGAUUCUGAUGGAGGAAACGCAAACGUACCUGGUCAUGGGCUGUGUUACCCUCCAUUACCACCCACGAACUCGUGAAAUCGAACUCGAGUGGGAAGGGAACAUGAUGAACGACGGUGUUGCUGACGCCGUCAUGGCUGUGCUUCUCACCGUAGAGAGUAGCCCUGCCUCCGUAAAGCAAUCCGCCAAGAACAAGCAUCAUCACCAUCACCAUCAUCACGACGAUGAGGAUGUUCCCGAACUUCGCAAUCCCCAUGCCUAUCUUGGACCUGAAGACCGACUGACACGUCUGCUGAUGAUGCUGGAAGCACAGUUUGGCUCUGAUAUUGCGCCCAUCGAGCGCCCUCGCGUCCCAGCGGACCUUGUCAAUGGGACUACUGAAACCACAGAAGACAUCAAGGAAGAACGUAUUGCAGAUAUUGAAUCUGCGGAGCUCGACCGCCUCCAUGCGCUCGGAAUCCCUGUACCUGGUCUCGAAAUCAAGGUGGAUAAGCAUGUCGCUCGUGUCUGGCUUGAGAAUUUGGAAGUGGAAUGCAACAAUGCCGUGCUGCGCGAUCGCGUGCGCGUCGUCGUUGAAAGGGCAGUCGAAACUGUCGCUGCCCUGUGGGCACCGAGCUCCAUGCCGAAAGAAGUGGUGGUUUCCAAUGGCUCUGCCAAAGCACAGGCCGAAAUGGAUGCUGCCGCGAAGAAGGCGGCUGCUAUUGAAGCUCAGGGUUGA